AUGAGAAUAAAAGAACCAUAUAAUCUUUAUGAAUUUGAUCCCAAAGAACGCAAUAUGUUUCUAAACGCUAUCCAAGACUCUGAUCAUAUUAACUUUGAUCUUUAUGAUAAGAUCAUUCUUGGGAGAACAAAAGAUUAUGAUUAUUUGUCUGAACCUAGAAUUGAAAGCACAGCUUAUGCACGACGUUGUGCACGAGAGUUGUAA